AUGGCCGUGAAUGAUAAUUCGCAUUUUACAGGAGCGAAGUCCCAUCUUGAAAUGGGAUCAUCAGAGGGAAGAGCAGUACUUCAGCUUGAGGAUGAGGACCUUGUCAGAUCUGAGCAUUUUGAUAGAAAGACAUCUUCUUCGGGCGCCGCUCCUCAAGGAUCUUCUUAUGAUGUUGAGGAAGAUGAUGACAGUCCUAAAAGUAUAUUGAAUAGCAUACGAAAAAAUAUUCAGAUUGUUUUUUUCUCCAACAAGUUAAACAUACUUGUACCUUGUGGACCUUUAGCCAUAGUUGUCAAUGAGUUAACUGAUCAUCACGGAUGGAUCUUCAUACUUAGCUUGUUAGGCAUCAUUCCCCUCGCAGAGCGUUUAGGUUGGGCCACAGAGCAGCUGGCUUUUUAUACUGGACCUACAGUUGGAGGACUUUUAAAUGCAACCUUUGGAAAUGCAACAGAGUUAAUAAUUUCAAUGUAUGCUCUGAAAAGUGGCAUGAUUCGUGUGGUGCAGCAAUCACUAUUGGGCUCCAUUCUGUCCAAUACUUUACUAGUGCUUGGAUGUGCAUUUUUUGGUGGUGGCAUUAUUCAUUCUAAUAAGGAGCAGGUUUUCAACAAGGGAACUGCAGUGAUGAAUUCAGGGUUGCUUUUAAUGGCAGUUAUGUGCUUGCUGUUCCCUGCUGUCCUCCACGUUACACACACUGAAGUGCAUUUUGGGAAGUCAGUGUUGGCGCUUUCCAGAUUUAGCAGCUGCAUUAUGCUUGUAGCAUAUGGGGCAUAUCUAUUUUUUCAGCUGACAAACCAAAAGAAUCUUUACAUGCCAAUGGCUGAGGAAGAGGAUCAGAUUGAUGGGAGUUCAGAUAAUGAAGAAGCUCCCGAGAUAUCAAAAUGGGGCUCAAUCCUAUGGCUCUCUGUUAUGACACUAUGGAUAGCAGUCUUGUCAGAGUACCUAGUCAAUACCAUAGAGGGGGCGUCUGUUGCAAUGGAUAUUCCUGUAGCAUUUAUAAGUGUGAUACUGCUCCCGAUUGUUGGAAACGCCGCUGAGCAUGCUGGAGCUGUCAUGUUUGCUGUCAAAGACAAGCUUGACAUAUCUUUGGGAGUGGCAAUAGGCUCAUCAACACAGAUAGCCAUGUUUGGGAUCCCAUUCUCUGUUGUAGUUGGAUGGAUAAUAGGGUGUCCUAUGAACUUGGACUUCCAAAUGUUUGAAACAGCCACACUUCUAAUGACUGUUCUUGUUGUAGCAUUCAUGCUGCAGGACGGAAAUUCUAAUUACUUUAAAGGGCUGAUGCUCCUUCUCUGCUAUCUUAUAGUUGCUGCAAGUUUCUUUGUACAUAUAGAUCCAGAGUCUAUACAGGACAAGCCCAGAAAACAUAAUGGCUAAAAGAGUGAUUUCAUGCUAAAGCUGAAGUGCCUACGAAGAGUUGCAUGAGAUGAAGAGCCAACCAUUUUGGAAACAUUAAGCAGUGAUUUUGAUAAGAAUUCAACUGCUGCUAUAGCUCAAGGUUGAUUAGUUUUUCCUCCAUUUGUUUAGUAGAGUAGUAUCUUGCAUUUUUGAUAGUGUAGGCAAAAUGUAAGUUCAUUUUUUUCCCAUUGCUAAAAAUAGGAUGUAUAUUUUUAUUUAUCCUGGAGCAGAGUUAUAAUUGUGAGCCUCUGCAAACAAAUAUUAUGCAUGCUGUG